AUGGCCAGUGAUGGCAGUGCUGCAAUCAGACCUGACACCAUCUGGCAGCAGGUUUGGAUGGGAAAGAUAUGGAAUUUUGUAGGCCUUAAGCUUGUGACUCCAGAGCAGCCACCAAAGUCCAAGUUCCUGACCUUAGGGUCUAAAUUCCGCUAUAGUGGCCGCACCCAAGCACAGACCCGUCAGGCAAGCACCCUCAUAGACAGGCCAGCACCACACUUUGAGCGUGCUUCUAGUAAACGGGUCUCCAGGAGUCUAGACGGAGCUCCCAUUGGUGUUGUGGACCAAAAUUUUAUGAAGGAUUUUUCUGGCGCUGGGGAGGUUUCAGCAUAUGGCCCUGAAGCUGUCAGAACUGCCAUGAUACAAGAUGGGGACGGCCGGAGGGAUGUCAGAAGUCCAGCUAAAGCUUCACAUUUGCAACUCAUUGAAGGAAAGAAAAAUUCCUUGAGAGUAGAAGGGGAUAAUAUUUAUGUCAGACAUAGCAAUUUAAUGUUGGAGGACUUGGAUAAGGCCCAGGAGGACAUACUGAAACAUCAGGCUAGCAUUAGUGAACUCAAGCGCAAUUUUAUGGAAUCCACACCAGAGCCGCGCCCUAAUGAAUGGGAAAAACGACGUAUCACAUCUUUAUCCCUACAGACACAAGGGGUAUGUCACUAG